CUGUGGAACUGGCCAGCUGGCGCUCGCGAACGAUUAUUUUCAAAUAUAAUCACUGUUGACACAUAACCUCACAUAACCUUCGUGGAGAAGUCAGUUUUAAUCAAUUAUAAUAAUGUUACCUCUGACUUUGCUGAAAACAGCGCAAAACCACCCCAUGUUGGUGGAGCUGAAAAACGGGGAGACGUACAACGGCCACUUAGUCAGCUGCGACAACUGGAUGAACAUAAACCUCAGAGAGGUUAUAUGUACUUCGAGAGAUGGAGACAAGUUCUGGAGGAUGCCGGAAUGCUAUAUAAGAGGCAGCACAAUAAAGUAUUUGAGAAUUCCUGACGAAGUGAUAGACAUGGUGAAGGAAGAUAUACAGAUGAAAUCGAGGGGCCGCGGCGAGAUGAAGGGUCGAGGCCAGAAUCAGAGGGGCCGCGGUAGUGGUAGAGGUACCUUCGGCAGAGGAGGAAGAGGUUCAGCACCGUUGGGUCGUGGAAGUGGUGGCACACAAGUCGGCAAUAAAUCACAAAAUAAACCGAGACCUAAGUGAAUCUAAAUAGUAUUUUUAUUCAAUUUCGGUUGCAUCCAUCUAGCAGAUACCUCAAAAAUAUUAAUCUUCCGUAGUGAUUCUUCACUAUCGAAUUCUUUAUUGUUUCAUAUAAUUUUAUAUGUACAAAUUAAUAUCUUGAUUUAUAUGAUUACUAAAAAAGCACAUUGCGUUUAUGUCAUGAAUGACUUAAUUCUACGUACAUUUCUUACAUUACCGUAAACUAUAUGUUCUAUAUAUUUUUUUUAUUAAGGAUCUGUUUUCUAUUAAGGAUGCACUUAAAAGUCUACAAAAAAUCUUUCUCGUUGAACCCCUUUUUGCAAAUUGCAUUAGUUAUAUAAAAGGAUGUCUUUUUUUUGUUAUAAGAAUUGCAGAGCCGUUAGAACAAAACUAACGAUGCAUGAUAUGCAACUCUACACGAUUAAUUUCAGAAAAAAUCAUGUUCUAGUAUAUGUGAAUAUUUUUGUAAACGACGAUAUGUAUCUUGCUUUAGUUAGUCACUUCAUACUGAAGUUGGAAAAAUUAACUUAUCUUCAAUUGUUAUCUUUAAACUAUCAGGAAAGUUAUCAUCUAUUAUAAGAAAUAAAUUUGCGUUUAUAAAAGGAAAUUUUUAUUUUGGUCGUUCACGUUCUUACAGGAUUAUAUAACGACUCUCUUUCACUCUCACACUCUCUCUCUCUUUGAAAUAUAUCUACUAUACAGAGCACUUAGUUUCUAAGAAAUGGAAUAAGACAUGUAAUAUACAUUUUUAUUAAUAGCUUUUAUUGUAUGGCUGUCAGAAUAGCUAUGAUUAGAUUAGUAUUAUUAUGGUACGAUUACGUCAAUCGAUCAUAUAUAGUAUUCGAUAUCAUUAAGAAGAGCGGAUAAACUUAUACAAAACACGACUUUUUGCAGUGAAUGCAAUUACAUUUCUUUUA